AUGGAUGGCGACGACCCAACACUCAAAACCCUCACCCAACGCUCCCCGGCCCGCCACGGCACCCGUAUCGAGCAAUCACGAGGGGUCCGCGGUCCGCGGUCCCCCGAGGCGACCGCCCUCCAGGCCCCCGAGCCGUACAUCAAUAAACAUCCUCCCACAGCCGGCUCCAACCAAGGCUCUCACCGGAAUCCAGACUCCUGCGUUCAAAGCCCUGACUUGGGCUACAAUCACUCGGUUAAUCCAUGGAACGCCAUCCCGCCUCCGUCUGGUGGAGCGCCUAUCGGGGACCAACCUGCGGAUGCCUGUCAACGUGGCUCGGGGCUCGUCUCCGAGCCCGCCGUCUCGGGCCUGAACGACACCUCACUCUUGUCGGAAAACAGUCACACCGCAUCAAGGUUCAUCCCGUUCGGAUCUAACCAAGAUCCUGCCCGCUGUGAGCCUUCCAACACACCUCAAGACAGGCCCCAAAACCCGGUCUUCGUGAGUCAGUCCGUCGCUCCUCCGUCCAUGCCAGCGUCUGCAACCACAGGCGACUCCCAGCGUCAGUCUGGUCAAGCUGUGACGUCGCCUCUGCUGAAUGGACAGCUGGCUGUCCCUGACCAUCAUCCACCACGACCUCCCAGUCAAGGUAAUAAUGACAGUCUGCAGACAGUCGGACUGCCUGAAGCCAACGCCCAUCCGGAGGAUAGUCUUCGUCCUAAAGUGAUGGCUGAGAAUCUCAACGCCUUCAUCCGCUCUUUGGGCGGUCUCGACAAGCUUCCAGACGACGGUACCUCUCUGCCUAGGGUCCGACUUCUCAAAGAAGCCAUUGAGACGGGUGAUUACUUCUAUAUCAUACUGCAUCAUGUUCUUUGUAUAUGGUCAACUGAUGGGGAAGCUGCGUAUCGCCUCCUUGGUCUUGCUCCCGACGUAGCUGGGAAUGCACUCAGCAUCAUACAGAACACGCUCAGAAAGAAUGAAAAUAUGACCCAAGAGCUAGUUCGUUUCUUCGCAAACUUCCCCAACUCGUGGGCCUCCGGUUUGUGGGAAACCGAGGCCUUCAGCAAACACGUCGGCGACGUCUCCAUUUUCCUCAACAACCUCCACGAGCAGUGGAACAGAAUUCACAUUCCAGCCAUGAGACCUCGCUCUGGUAGAGGCUACCCCAUUCUCGCGGACGAGUUGCGUUAUCAGCUCAAGCUUCGUUCGCCGUUACUGGAGAACAUCUUCUUCACGGUCAUGAGGAGGCACAUCGGAGUUCCUGAUGGUCCCAUCGCGGAUCAGAUGGCGGCGCUCUUCCGACAAGACGCCGAAAACGACCGCGCCAAGAUGUCUGAGCGUGAGCAGAGGAUAUUUCAGCAUUCGUUGAUAUCCAGGUACAAGCAACUCGUGUACCAGAAUGACCAGCUCCAACAGCAGCAGCUGCUGCUGCGGCAACUGCGGCAGCAGAGCAACCCUUCGCCGGCUCCAGGAGCGCAACAGCCCCUGUCGCAGAACGUGGCCAUGCCUCGACAACUGAACAUGCCGGAGCAAGGGAGGGGGUCUUCCACCAAUUUCUCGCCUACACAAACAACGAUAGCAAGUCCGACGCAGGUUUCCUUCGUCCCGGGAUCUAAUAUGUACCCUUCUCCGCCCGUCCAGAAUCCGCACCAGUACCAAGGUAGCUUUCCGGGCAACAUUGCCCAGGUGUCUUCGCAGUUGAGGCUGCGAAGCAACAACCCCAGUCUUAUCAACAGUGGAAUUCAGCCGCCCAUGCAGCAGGGCCCGAUGCGGAUGCCCCAAAUGAUGAUGGGACAGGUGAACCAGGCUCCUACUCCAGCGGGCUCUCCUCAUUACGCCAAUGUGCAACUGCCGUAUACUGCUAGGUUGCCACCAAGCGUUGGCCAAACAUCUCCUGUUCUUCAAGCACCCCUGGGAGGACUUUCGAUCUCUAUGCCAACUGUUACUUCACCUACGCAGUCUAUGACCCCUCAAGUUCUGGGUGUUCGUUCGCCGGGCUUACCCCAGAACUUGCAGCUGCCACAGACUCACUCUUCCAACUCUCAGGUGUUCCAGCGAGCUUCAAACGUAAAUCCGGACCCCAGACGUCAGACGGCCCAGCAAGAAUAUCAGCACCGCCAUGUUCAGGCCAUUGUACAGAGGCAGGCUGCAAAUCUUGCGUCGCCGCAGGCGCAGCAAGUGUCAUCCCCGCGGUUACAACAGGCGCAUCAGGUGCAGCAGGUAUCUCGUCAAGGGCAGUCUCCCACAAAUGCCAUUGGCCAUCCGCGGAUGAAUCCGAACGCCCAAGGGGCCAUUACGGGAGCGGCUCCGGCGGCUGGAAAUCACCAGAUGUCAAGGCCACCCGCGGCUCGGUCCAGAACCGGCUACCCCAUACACCCUGGGAACCAAAAGCACUGGUCGGGAAGAUACUACCAAUCUAUCAAGAAACUCGCAGUGGGGCCUGUUGCAACGCCAGCCGAGCAAGCACUGCACCGCCUUGUCUUUGUCGUUCCCAAAGAGGAUAUUGGCAAGCUGUGUUCUCAUCGAAUCCUAACACGGGACGGCCUUCCCAUAUCGGAGUACUUUGACGGAUCUCUUCGGUACCGUCUUCGUCUUUGUGAACUGCCAGUCGACCCGGGGGAUCCGACGAAGAUUGCAGAAUCCACUUGGGCGGUGGCACAGACGUAUUGGCCUGAUCACAUCAGCAUCUUGGUCAAUGGCAAAGUCAUGACGAUCCGUCGAAAACAACACAAUGGACAGCACCAACCUGUGGAGCUCACCCCCUUCAUUCUCGCCGGUAUGAAUUCGAUAUCGGUGGCGAUAUCACCUCCGUCCCGCCCUCUAAAGCCAAACAGGAUGUACUACAUGGCAGUCGAAAUAAUUGAAACUCUGGGUCAUGAAAACAUCAUCGACAUGGUGUUACAGCACGGCGUCAUUUCGGCUGACGCAACAAGAGAAGCGAUCCGAAAGCGCCUGAAACCUGUCACCGAGGAUGGAGAUGACGAGCUGGCGGUGGUGGACAAGGAUCUCAGCAUUGAUCUGGCCGACCCGUUCAGUGCCACGAUGUUCCAGAUCCCAGUGCGGGGCGCGAGCUGUACGCACAUGGAAUGCUUCGAUCUCGCCACUUGGUUACAGACACGACCGGCCAAGCCCAAGUGCACCAUUCAUGCGGCCGGUGACGAUUGCCGCCUUUGUAAUCGUGGCUUCGGGGCGAGACCGGAGCCGUCGUUGGUGGACAAAUGGAAGUGUCCCUUGUGCGACGGAGACGCUCGUCCUUACAGUCUUCGGAAGGAUAAUUUCAUGGCCGAGGUUCGUUCGGUGCUUGAGGAGGAGGGGAAGCUUCAUACCAAGACGAUAUACGUUGGGGCAGAUGGAGGGUGGAGAGCCAAGGUCGAGGAGGUGGGUGAUGAAGAGGAUGAAGAAGCGGAAGAUGAGCAGCCGCCUACGAAGCGGGUCAAGACACGAGCGACGCCAUCAGAAGUAGCAAACGCUGUGGAAGUUAUCGAGUUGGAUUGA